AUGCAAACCAAAGUAAUCGCCAUGCUUUCUGUCAUUGAUGACAUCUAUGACAUUUAUGGGACUCUAGAUGAACUUACUCUUCUCAUGGAUGCAAUUGAAAGGGAAAUCAUACCUUGUUCACUACGUGAUAGAGGAGACAUUGGAGAGUUAGUGAGCAAGGAAGCCUUUGAGUGGGUAGCAAGUGAUCCAUUAAUCCUACAAGGUUCAGAAAUAAUUGGUAGACUAAUGAACAACUUGUUUGAGCAGAAAACAUCAGCAGUUGGCUGUUACAUGAAUCAAAAUAAUGGUGCCUCAAAAGAGGAGGCUUUUGCUGAAAUUCAAAAAUCAAGUUACGAAUGCAUGGAAAAUCAUAAACCAAGAAAGUCUUCGUCCUGCUGUGCCAAUGGCUUUCCUCGAGCAAGUUAUUGUCAAUCUUGCACGGGUCUCACAUACUAG